AUGGCGGAACGACCUAAUUCACACAGUGCAUCCCUCGUCGUCAGGGUUGCCACAAGUGUCCAAGACUGGAUUUGCGAGGGACCCUAGGGCUCUUGGUGUACUCCUGACUCAUCGCCACUUCAUAAUAAACUAACUCAAACAAUAUCGAACAUUGAAACGAAAACACAGAUCAAAGAUAGUCAUCAGAAACAGGAAAAGUAAUCAAUAAUUCCCCUGCAAAAGGUGAGAUUAUUCUCAACCACUCCACCGCCGGAGUACAAGGCGACUUGCGAAGAAAAGGACGUGAUUACUGAACUGAAGGAGCUUAAGAAAACUUUAUCUAGCAAUUCUGCUGAGAAGCCACCAAUUUCUGAAGAUAAACCAGCGCCAGUGGAGACGCCACAGAGUCCCGUGCCAACAUCGCCAUCACGUCACAAGCAAUGCAAAGGAUUCUUCAAGUUUUCCACCUUCUGCGACCCAUUCGUGCCCAUCGAUCCGCAAGGACGCGUUUACAUCACCUGGCUACUUCUGGUGACAUUCUGCUACAGCUACAAUGCAUGGUGCAUCGCCUUACGCGCCACCUUCCCUUACCAAACGAAAGAGAACACUCCUAUAUGGAUGACUGCUGAUUACUUCUGCGACCUGGUGUACUUGCUUGAUUUGUUGCUCGUUAAGCCACGACUGAUGUUCCUGCAUGAAGGCUUCUGGGUUGACGAUCCUAAUGAGACGAAGAAGAAUUAUAUGAAGAAACUGCAAUAUAAAUUCGAUGUAAUUUCGCUGACUCCUCUGGACCUUUUGUACAUCUACUUUGGCACGCAGCGAGUGGCGCUUCGAUUCCCAAGGUUACUGAAGCUGCAGACCUUCUGGGAGUUCCACCAGGCUAUGGACCGAGUGCUCUCCUCACCUUAUGUGGUGAGAAUCGGCAAGACCCUAUUCUACAUUUUCUACUUGAUCCAUCUCAACGCAUGCGCAUACUACGCCAUGAGCGACUACAUCGGCCUCGGCUCCAACGGCUGGGUGUACGACAACGAGGGCAACGCGUACAUCCGCUGUUUCUACUUCGCGACAAAAACAGCGACAUCUAUCGGCAAGAACCCGAAGCCGGAGCAGACUAUAGAGUACCUGUUCAUGACUGCGGCUUGGUUGAUGGGUGUGUUCGUGUUCGCGUUACUGAUCGGUCAGAUAAGGGAUAUUAUAGCGACGGCUACGAGGGCUAGGGCAGAGUACCGUAAGACAGUGGACGGGUGCAGCCGGUACCUGCGGCGACUCAACAUGCCGGUCGCGCUGCAGCGCCGCGUCACUCUCUGGUUCACGUACACCUGGAGCCAGCAGAGAUGCUUUGAUGAGUCGAGGAUACUGAACUCGCUACCGUUCAACAUGAAGCGAGACGUGGCGCUGGCCGUUCACAUGUCCACCUUGAGCAAGGUGCAACUGUUCCGCGACUGCUCCGACUCCUUGCUGCGGGACUUGGUGCUGCAGCUGCGGCCGGUGUCGUUCCUGCCGGGAGACCUGGUGGUGAGACGGGGGGACGUGGGCCACCAGAUGUACAUCAUCAAGUCUGGCGAGUGCUGUGUGAUGUCCCACGACGAAGAGGUGCUGGCAACGUUGCGUGAGGGUUCUGUGUUCGGUGAGAUCAGUCUACUCGGCAUCGAGGGACUGCGCCGGCGCACGGCUACUGUCAGAUCCCGUGGCUACUCCAGCCUCUUCGCUCUCUCCCGUAACGACCUAGACGCAGCUCUCAAAUACCACAAGGAAGCCGCCAACAUCCUGCGUCUCCGAGCUGAUCAGCUCAUCCGAGAGAACGCCGCCCGCCUCGUCAAACGCAAGCAGUUGGAGGCGAAGAAAUCUCAUGAGGAGUCACACGGCCUCAGGCACAGGAAGAUGUCGUCUGCGUCCAGUAACCUCGCUGAAGGGAAGAAGACCAGGAUGGCCAGCGCUGCAGCUAAGAGGAGGCUGUCUGCUGUUUCAGAGAAUAAGGGUGUACGCGCCUCGCUAGCGUCAGCUUGCAGCGGCGUACGUACUCCUCUACCCACCAUCGUACUGUCCAGCGAUUGAAGAUUCCACCAAACAUUCCAUUGAAAUCGUUUCCUUCUUUGCAUUUAUUUUAGAAUAGAACAUAAUAUAUUGUUUUAAAUUGUUUACGGUGUAAUAUAUUUUGUGUUUUAAUAGAACAAUAAUUUGAUUAAACAAUAACUGAUUAUAAGCAGUCUAUUUUCGCAUAACCGAAAGAAA